AUGGCUGAGGAUUUACAGGAGAUGUGGGGAAAAUUCUCCCUCAACAAGGAUGAAAACUCUAGGGUGUCUUUGGAGGACGUAGAGAUAGCACCAAUGGUUCAUAGGGGAAAGAUCUGCCUAGUCGGAAAGAUUAUGGUGGAUCGUAUCGUCCCUAAGGAGUUCUUCAGAGCACUGUUAAUUCAGGCAUGGCGGCCAAUGGGUGAGGUGUUUUUCAAAGUCCUGGGAGGAAACCGAUUCAUUGUCGAGUUUGAGUAUGAAUGGGAUAAGUCCAGAAUUAUGGAGGGACGUCCUUGGCUAUUUGACGGGAACCUGAUCUCUUUAACAGAGUACAAUGGUCUAAUGCCGCCUGCAGAGAUGAUCUUUGAUCCGGCGUCGCUUGGGAUUCGGAUGUACACUCUUCCGCUCGCAUGUAUGGGCAGAGAGACAGAACAAAAGAUCGAUUCUUCAGUUGGUAAGGUCGAGGAUGUGUACGUGAAUGAUGAUGAUCCAAGAUGGGGGGAGUUUCUACAUGUUAAGGUGGCGGUGGAGUUAUUAAAGCCUUUAGCUAGAGGGAGGAUGAUGCAUGUCCAUAAUCGUUCAAUUUGGAUAGCUUUUAAAUAUGAAAAGCUACCAAAGUUUUGUUACAGAUGCAGUGUCAUCAUGCAUGGGCGGCUGAGAUGCGUUAGAAGUGGGAGUCGCAGAACGUCUAACGUGGAAGAUGAACAACCAUAUGGACCCUAG